AUGCCGACGUUCCAGAACAAGACAUUCCGCUCGUCGGCCGACGCCAACAAGCUCGGCAUGCGAUACCGAGCCCUCAUGAGCAAGCACCCGUUCCUCGCCUUUGGGCUGCCCUUCAUGGCCGUCAUCGUCGCCGGCUCCUUCGUCCUCACUCCUGCCACGGCGAUCCGAUACGAGAAGCACGACCGCAAGGUGCGCCAAAUGACCAAGGAGGAGGAGCUGAACGUGAGGAGGGCGGCACGCAAGGUGGACAUGAAGGAGGAGUACUAUAGACUUGCUGGAAGAGACCUGGACAAUUGGGAGCAGAAGCGGGUUGAGAGGCUGCCCGGCGAGAGCGACGGGAUUUUGUAA